AUGUCGACCUUCAAGUCUCCCUCCCCCUUCCCUCUCCAAGGCCGCUACGCCGACGGCAACAGAUGGGAGACGCUCCGCGGAGCCGGCGACGACCGCCCGACCGCGCUCCAGAUCAUCAAGGACGAAGGUCUGGUCUCCGCGCUCGCCGACAAGGUCAUCUUCGUGACGGGCGCGUCCUCCGGGAUGGGGCCGUACAUGGUCCGCGCUAUAGCGGAGACGGGGGCCACCAUCUACGUCGGGGCCCGGGAUGUCGACAAGGCCAGGAAAGCCAUCGGCGAGGACCUUGUCGCUGGUGGUAACAACAACGGCAGCGGCAGGGUGCACAUCCUGCAUCUCGACCAGGCAGACCUCUCGAGCGUGCGCGCGUGCGCGGCCAUUCCCCGCCGGCUCAACAUCCUCAUUAACAACGCCGCCGUCAUGCGCACGCCCGAGCACCUCACAAAAGACGGGCUCGAGCUGCAGAUAGCGACUAACCACCUGUCGCACUUCUUGCUCUUCUGGCUGCUCAAGGACGUCAUGCUGGCCAGCGCGACGCCAGAGUUCCCCUCGAGGGUGGUCAGCAUAACCUCCGCCGCCCACAAGUUUGGGCCGUUCUCUGAUAUCUAUCCCUCGGAAAAAAUAUACUCCCAGUCCAAGGUUUCAAACAUCUACAUGACCUCGCAAAUCACUCGCCUCUACGGCGACCAGAAACUCUACGGCUUCAGCGCGGCGUCGGGCAGCUUUGUGAGCCCGAACCUCAACCAGCACAGCACCGCGGAGGAGCAGAGCAGCUGGACGUCGAACCCUAGGCUCGUCGUGUCCCUUUACAGCUUCGAGCAGGCGUGCGCGACGGUCGUCUACGGGGCCGUGGCGCAGGAGCCCGUCGACUUUGUGAAGGGACAGGACCGCGGCAAGGGCGAGGCCAGCACGGGUCUCUACCUGGAGGGCAGUGCCGUGGCAGGACCGCUGCCCAAGGACGCGGUGGACUUCUUCGAACACGGACAUACCCCGUGGGAGUUCGACGCGGACAAGGAGGCCAAGCUGUGGGACUUGAGCAAGAAGCUCGUCGGCGUCGAGUAG